AUGGCCGAUCUGACAUCUGGACUCACUUCUGCUAUGUUUUCCCCUUACAGUAAAAUGUUUAUCGGUGGUCUCAGCUGGCAAACUUCACCAGGUAAGAAAUUAAUUUGCUGACUACAGUGUGGCAUUGUCGGGUUGUGUUCUGUAGUAGCCGAGGCUGCCGGUGCUGGUUGCAACGUCUGAUGUGUGCAGUGGUGUGUGCGUGUACCUCAGUGCGCGCAAGGUUAUUUUUAUUUCCAAUCAUUUGAAGUCCUUUAUUCGACCCCUAUGUGCAUACCAGUAGCUAGAGGCAUUUAUAGCUCAUACAUAGUGUAUUCUAUAUUUGACAGAAGAAUGAAAACGACCAGUAACCUCCCUUUGUUUUUCUUUUGCAGACAGCCUUAGAGACUAUUUUACUAAAUUCGGGGAAAUCAGAGAAUGUAUGGUGAUGAGAGAUCCAACGACAAAACGCUCCAGGUAAUUAGCUUAUAUAUUUCCCCCUGUUUGCAUUUAUCUUAAUUGUCAACGGACGUGGUUUUGCAGUGUCCUUAUGUUAACGCAAAAUCAGUUAGCAAGCAAGCAGACAUUUAUUUUUGUCGCACGUUGCGCUUUUACAAGCGACUGAAUCAGCGCUUUGCAAAGGUAACGCAUUUUGACAUGGACCGCCACGAAACAUAGAAUACUAGUGGAUCUUUGAAUAUUCCUGAAAAUAUGGGAAAUAAUUAGACGACACUAUUCAUUAACCUGAUAACUUGUGCAGCAUUAAAAUGAAAUUGUAUUUACAUUUAAUAAAUAAUUAAAUCUGAUAUGAAAGGUAAACUAUUUUUAUAUCAAGUAGCCUAUGGAUACACCAACAUAGCCAACGUGGGUAAAUAUGUUACAAUGUAACUGUUUGACCACUCUCCUGCCCCCACUGACUGACUCACUGUUUACAAUGUCUCUUGUUUAUCUCCACAGGGGCUUCGGGUUCGUUACUUACGUAGAUGCUGCCAGUGUAGAUAACGUCUUAGCUCAGCCACAUCACGAAUUAGACUCAAAAACGGUAUGUCUCCUUUCUUCUGUCACUUUUGAAGUGUUUGUGGUUUUGUGACCCACCUGCCUGGCAGGCAUGAUUAACUACGUCGUAUUGAGUUGUAUCUUUUACAGAGUUGUGCUAUGUUAUUUGAAUUAGUCACUCUCACAGCCACAUGCACUUGAAGCCAAUAUUUAG